CGUCGAAGAUCUCAUCUCUCUGUUUACUUGGGAAAGAAGUUACUUUCGGGAUUGAAGAGUCUGUUUUGAGGAAGCAUUCCAAGCAAAAAAAGAAGCAAGAAGAAAGAGAGGAGAACCAAAGAGAUAAUAGGUCGGUUUGAGCCUUGAGGUCCAGGAAGAAACGCGUUUCUUUCUUUGGGCUGAAGCAAAAGCCCACCCUUUUCCAACUAAAUGCGUUCGCUGGCUGGCAGGCAGCAGCAGCAGCUAUCGCAUUGCCCUUCUCUUUCUUGAUGACGAUGAAGAACAUCAGAACGGCUAAAUAAGAUAAUAGCAACCCAUCUUCACCGCCAUAGCUACUCCUUCUGAUUUCUUCUCCUGUUUCUUUCUUUCACUUCGCCGUAGCUGAAAGUUUCAGUCUUCCGGUCAUCUGGAAAACUUCCAUCGCACCCGGUAUAAAAAAUAAUCGAACUUUCUUCUUCUCCUUCUUGAUUCCAAAGUCGCUCUCGCUUUUCUGCGUCCCUUCCUUUGUUCUGCGAUUCCCCUGAAUCGGUGGUCUUCAGGAUCUGCGAGUAUCUGUUUCUGUUGAAAACACAAAAGGUAUGGCCGGAUACAAUUCAACUUCCCUCGCUCCUCAUUCAAAUGAUCUUGAUUUAUUAAGUUCUCAGUUGGUGGAUGGUUAAUUGAGAAUGCUCUGCCCAGUUUUAUCUGUUUGUAAACUGUUUUGAGUAGUUGGGUGGUGGUUCUAGAAAUUGAACACUGGUGCUGUUUUGUUGGUUUUGGGGUUUUCGCGAAAUGGAGAUUGCUGUGAGCUUAAGGGCAUGAGAUGUUUACUGAUUUGGUUUGAUUGCUGUUGAAUAGCACUGGUUAGUAGUAAUUCUUGGUUAGGAUGUGUGUGUGGUAGUCAAUAUGCAGGACUGUCUCUGAAAUUUUAGAUUUUUGAGUUAGUCUCAGCAGGUUCUUACUAGCUAUCCACUGCAGGGGGCUUUUCUUUGGGAUACAUAGAAUUAAACUGAUGGCUGAUAUAAGUUCAUCAUCUUCGAUGAUUCCUGCUGUUUCCUCCGAGCUUGGGGGAAUGCAAGUGUCUAAUUCGAACCAACACAUGGUUCAACCCAGCAUGAUCCACCAAAACCGAACGGCAUCAGAUGGUCCGGUGGCUAUCCUUUGGGACAUCGAGAACUGCCCGGUUCCAAGCGACGUCCGUCCUGAAGAUGUAGGUGGGAAUAUCAGGAUGGCAUUGCAGGUGCACCCUGUGAUUAAAGGAGCAGUUAUGACGUUCUCGGCCUAUGGAGAUUUCAAUGCCUUCCCUAGGCGACUAAGGGAGGGAUGUCAGAGAACUGGCGUUAAACUUAUAGAUGUUCCGAAUGGUAGGAAAGAUGCAGCUGACAAGGCUAUUCUCGUCGACAUGUUUCUUUUUGCACUCGACAAUCCACCACCUUCCUCCAUCAUGCUUAUCUCAGGGGACGUUGACUUCGCUCCAGCUCUGCAUAUUCUAGGUCAACGUGGAUAUACCAUUAUCCUUGUUAUCCCUUCUGGAGUUGGUGUCUCGUCCGCACUGUGCAAUGCUGGUAAAUUCGUUUGGGACUGGCCUAGCGUGUGCCGUGGAGAGGGAUUCAUGGCCCGUUCGAAGUCCUUAAUGUCCCCUCAUGGACUGCCAGUUGACCUUCGUCUCAUGGGAUGCCAUAUCAAUGAGAGUCCUGAGUACCAAAAUGAGGAGGAGGCAAUUGUCUAUCGAGGGGUUUCUCAAAGUUACUACAACUCGAGAGAUUUAUCCUUAGUUUCACACUCUUUAGCUGAAUACAGCAGUGGGAACCUGCCUAAUUAUCCUACAGGAAUGAGGACACAGAGUCUUCCAAAUGGUAUGAGUGAAGUACCGUCGGCUUUCCCUGCUCCUUAUGAUGAUCAAUACAGUUCUGUAAUGUGGGUUCAACCUGGGGAUGUACAUGGUUUGAAGACACAGUUAGUAAAGUUGCUUGAACUCUUUAGUGGAUAUUUACCUCUUCAACGUAUUCCAUCUGAGUACCAAAAGAUGUAUGGACGGCCGCUUUAUGUAUCAGAGUAUGGUGCAUCCAAGCUUGUCAAUCUUUUCAGCAGAAUGAAUGAUGUGAUUUCAAUAGAUGGGAAAGGGAAAAAGAAAUUUGUAUAUCUUCAGAAUUGGAAAGCAGGUCCAAGUGCUCCUCCUUUGAUUGUUGUCAAUCCCUCAAGUCUUUCCAAAAAGGAUAGGAAAGGAAAGGGAGCUCAAGAGGGUUUGGAAGUGGCAGGUAAUGGGUUUGUGUCCUCUGAUGAGUUCUCAGAUGAUGAUGGAGUGGGAGUUGAAGAACUUGAGGAGAGGAGAAGUCCAGUGAUCCAGACUAGUACAGCACAUGUAUCUCAAUGUGAAGAAGGUGAUGAUGGUUAUUUGGAGCAAUUCAAGUUCGAGUUACAGGAGAUUUUGGUGAGUUAUUCUUGUCGUAUUUUCUUGGGAAGUUUUGAGGCUAUAUACCAGCAACGGUACAAGAAACGGCUGGACCUCCAAUGUUUUGGUGUCACUCAGCUGGAGGAGCUUUUUGAUAAAGUUAGGGAUGUGGUUGUCUUGCAUGAAGAUCCUACGAGUAAGAGAAAGUUUGUGGAUGCUAUUAGUGGCUAGAAGACUUGCUCGGGCCUUUUGCAAACUUUGCUGCAUGUACAUGGACCAGACUCAAGUGUAUGUUUUUUUUCUUCCAUUUUGCAUAUGUGAUGGGGUAAUAUUACCGCUUUGUUCGUUCAUGCAUGUGUCUUCACUGAACUUAAUUGCAUGUAAUUUUUCGCUUAGUCCCUUACUAUUCUGCAAUUGAUGGGAAGAUCAUAUAGUCAGUGGGUGGUGAUACCUUCAUACGGAACUACUGUAGGGUGUUAAUCAUGUAGCCAACUUGAUAGGAAUUAGGUGCUAUUAGUUGGCAAUUGAUUAUCCAGUUUAGUUGGUUUCUUUUGCCCUAAUUGCGUAAUCUCCAAUGAUUUUAUAGGGUUAAGAACAUACUGCAAGAAUCAUUCAUCAAAGCGAAUGUUGUCACAAAUUUGAGAAGGAUGCACAUUCUACUUUACUGAUUCUCUUACACUCUACUGCUUUGUUAUUUGUCACUCCUCUGAAGAUUGCCUUGACACAAUCAAUUGCUAAUCGAAAC